UGGAAGAGUGAAGUCUUGAGGGACUGCUGGCGAUUAGGUAUAUACGUGUGCUCUGAAUGCGAUCACCAGCUGUUCUCGUCUGUGUCCAAGUUCUCACACCACAGUCCAUGGCCUGCAUUCUCAGAGACACUCCUCGAAGACAGUGUCAAACGCAGGCCAGAGAUGGGAGAGGGAUAUGUCGGGAGAAACGCUCUGAAGGUGGUUUGUGGUAAAUGUGGUAACGGUUUGGGACACGAGUUCCUGAAGGACGGACCGGACGGGAAGUCCCGCUUCUGAAUAUUCUCGGAGUCUCUCAAAUUCGUGUCCAGAGAUGAAUUAUCUCCGGAUAUAUUGGAGAGACUCAACCGCUUUGGAACCGUUGGAAGCGAUGGAACCGAAGUCAACAAUAAUGAUGCAAAUGAUAGCAAUAAUAAGACUAAGAAUUGUGAUCUUCAAUAGAUUUAGAGGAAUACAAAAUUCUUCUUCAGAUCACUUCGGAUGACGUCUUUCUGUUAAAACUCUUUGAGCGACAGACAGACCGAAGAGUCUUAUAAUUGUCUUUAUUUUUUAUUAAAUAGUAUUUGUUUUGUUAACAUAUUUUGUUAAGUUUUUCUAAUUCGUUGUAAACCUAAAGUAUUUUAAAUUAUGAUUUGUUAAAAUUAAAUGAAAACUAAUUACUCUAAUACUGAGUAUUUGCAAAACGGAUAUUCUGUGCGGAUGUUAUGUAACAUAUUUUUCGCAUAACUAAUUUCAACAUUAAUUAUAUCAAACAUUAUAAAUCCAAGUCCUGUUGUACUGAUAAACUCAUAUUAAAACUAAGAAUUGAUUGGA